GUUUGUUGAGCGCGCUGUGUGUGCACUUUCUGAAAGCUAGAGCGCGGCUUUCUCUGGGGCCUGUCCGCUCCAGAUCCCAGCAUGGCUUCCUCACGAACCUCCUCUACGGCCACCAAAACUAAAGCACCUGAUGACUUAGUCGCACCUGUUGUGAAGAAACCACAUAUCUAUUAUGGAAGUCUGGAAGAGAAGGAGAGGGAACGUCUGGCCAAAGGAGAGUCUGGGAUUUUGGGAAAAGAAGGGCUUAAAGCAGGAAUCGAAGCAGGAAAUAUUAAUAUAACCUCUGGAGAGGUAUUUGAAAUUGAAGAGCAUAUCAGUGAACGACAGGCAGAAGUAUUGGCUGAAUUUGAGAGAAGGAAGCGGGCCAGGCAAAUCAACGUUUCCACAGAUGACUCAGAGGUCAAGGCUUGCCUUAGAGCCUUGGGGGAACCCAUCACACUUUUUGGAGAGGGCCCUGCUGAAAGAAGAGAAAGGUUAAGAAAUAUCCUCUCAGUGGUUGGUACUGAUGCACUAAAAAAGACCAAAAAAGAUGAUGAGAAAUCUAAGAAGUCCAAAGAAGAGUAUCAGCAAACCUGGUACCAUGAAGGACCAAACAGCCUGAAGGUGGCUAGAUUGUGGAUUGCUAAUUAUUCACUGCCCAGGGCAAUGAAACGUUUGGAAGAGGCCCGUCUCCAUAAAGAGAUUCCUGAGACAACUAGGACCUCCCAGAUGCAAGAGCUGCACAAAUCUCUCCGGUCUUUGAAUAAUUUCUGCAGCCAGAUUGGGGAUGAUCGGCCUAUCUCCUAUUGUCAUUUUAGUCCCAAUUCCAAAAUGCUGGCCACAGCCUGUUGGAGUGGGCUUUGCAAGCUCUGGUCUGUUCCCGACUGCAACCCCCUGCACACUCUCCGAGGCCAUAAUACAAAUGUAGGAGCAAUUGUAUUCCAUCCCAAGUCUACUGUCUCAUUGGACCAAAAAGACGUUAACCUGGCAUCUUGUGCUGCUGAUGGUUCUGUGAAACUUUGGAGUCUUGACAGCGAUGAGCCAGUGGCAGAUAUUGAAGGUCAUACAGUGCGUGUGGCCCGAGUAAUGUGGCAUCCAUCAGGACGUUUCCUGGGGACCACCUGCUAUGACCGUUCGUGGCGCUUAUGGGAUUUGGAGGCUCAAGAAGAGAUCCUGCAUCAGGAAGGUCACAGCAUGGGUGUAUAUGACAUUGCCUUCCAUCAAGAUGGCUCUUUGGCUGGCACUGGGGGACUGGAUGCAUUUGGUCGAGUUUGGGACCUGCGCACAGGACGUUGUAUCAUGUUCCUAGAAGGCCACCUGAAGGAAAUCUAUGGAAUAAAUUUCUCCCCCAAUGGCUACCACAUUGCAACUGGCAGUGGUGACAAUACCUGCAAAGUGUGGGACCUUCGACAGCGGCGUUGCGUCUAUACUAUCCCUGCCCAUCAGAAUUUAGUGACUGGUGUCAAGUUUGAGCCUAUCCAUGGGAACUUCUUGCUCACUGGUGCCUAUGAUAACACAGCCAAGAUCUGGACCCACCCAGGCUGGUCCCCACUGAAGACGCUGGCUGGCCACGAAGGCAAAGUGAUGGGCCUAGACAUUUCUUCUGAUGGGCAGCUUAUAGCCACUUGCUCAUAUGACAGGACCUUCAAGCUCUGGAUGGCUGAGUAGGCAAAACCAUGGAAGAACAACUCUAACCUCAAACUCUCUCUUAGGAACAAUUUUCCUCAAACCAAAAGAACUGAUGUUUUGUUUUAUCAUGUUUUCUAUCAAUUACCAUGUAUAGACCCUCAUUAGAAUUUGAUUUUCAUAAUAGGUGUAGUGGUGCACAUCCAUAAUCCUAGCACUUGGAGCCUGAGGCAAGAAGAUCACAAGUUCAAGGCCAGCUUGGGCUACAUAGUGAGAUCCUGUCUCAAAAAAAAAAAGAAAAAAAUUGGAUUUUCAUGUCAGCCCGACUCCCAAGCAGGAAGUCAAGUCCCAAGGUGAUGGUGAACACUUUUCAUGGUUUAAAACCUAAUUCUCAUUUUUAGGUUCUGCCAUGAACUAUGUAGACAUUGUUUUGAUUAAUCUUUUGUCUGAAUACCCUCUUGCCUCCCUUAUAGCAGUCAGGAUUGAGACUGCUCUUUGCAUUUUUAAUUCUUGAAACUUGGCAUUCCAUAACAUGGUAUGUGCUUCAGGACUUCAUGGGAUCCAACGAGCAAGGUGACUGGACUGUAUUUUAGAAGCCCUCAAGUUAAGAGGGCUUCUCACCACGCAUUGGUUGAACAAUGCCUGACAGCAAGCCCCUUUCUUCUCCCUCUCCCUUGAGACUGUGAAGCCAUAGGCCACAGCUAUGCAGUAAAGAUUUGCCCUCUUCCUGUGGCGUUCACUUGGAGUGCUAACUGCAUCCGGAAACAACUCAGAACAAACAUUCACUUGUCAGAAACUGUCUUCCAUUUUGCUUUGAAGUUUGGCAUCCUUCGUGUUACCCUAAAGCAAGGCCAUGGUGUUCAAAAGCAGACACGAUGUCUAUUUGUCUGUUGUCUACAGCAUCUUUUCCAUUGGUUAU